AGCGAGGAGCAAGUACAAAGAAGUCGUGUCCAGAUGGAUUUUCGUUUCGUUUGGCGUGUCCUCCUCUUACCCAUGCUCGUAUCAGCGCAGGGCGACAGCGGAAUGGUGGUACCCGAACAUGGAUUUUGUCAACCUAUUUCCAUCCCUCUGUGCACGGACAUCGCCUACAAUCAAACUAUCAUGCCUAACCUGGUGGGACAUUACAACCAAGAAGAUGCUGGCUUAGAGGUACACCAGUUUUACCCGCUCGUAAAAGUUCAGUGCUCGCCCGAGUUGAAGUUUUUCCUCUGCUCCAUGUAUGCGCCCGUGUGCACCGUUUUGGAGAAGGCUAUCCCCCCGUGCAGGUCCAUUUGUGAGCGUGCCAAACAAGGUUGCGAAGCUCUUAUGAACAAAUUUGGUUUUCAGUGGCCCGAUCGUUUACGCUGUGAAAACUUUCCAGUGUUGGGAGACGGACAAAUCUGCGUGGGACAAAACGACUCCUCUCCUGCCACUAUCCCGCCCGUGAUCGCUCCCAUACCCCCGGACCACACCAUAUUUGCCCCUCACGAUUUACCCUUCUCUUGCCCCAACAGUCUCAAAGUUCCACCGUAUUUGAACUACAAGUUUAUGGAUGCCAAGGACUGCGGGGCGCCAUGUGAACCAACUAAAGGUGGUGGCCAUAUGUUUUUCAGCGAGAAAGAGAUCCAGUUUUCUCGUCUGUGGAUAUUAGUCUGGUCUGUCCUUUGCUGUGCGUCAACUUUAUUCACUGUCUGCACCUAUUUAGUCGACAUGCAACGUUUUAGAUACCCUGAAAGACCCAUAAUUUUCCUAUCUGGCUGCUACACAAUGGUGUCAAUUGCUUACAUUGCUGGAUACUUCCUUGGAGAUGGUGUGGUUUGCAAUGGCAUGUUCUACCCAGAUGGCUACAAAACACUAGUUCAAGGCACCAAAAAGGAAGGCUGUACGAUUUUGUUUAUGAUGUUGUACUUUUUCAGCAUGGCUAGCUCAAUUUGGUGGGUCAUUUUGUCACUAACCUGGUUCCUAGCGGCUGGCAUGAAGUGGGGCCACGAAGCCAUCGAAGCCAAUUCACAAUAUUUUCACCUGGCAGCGUGGGCAGUACCUGCAAUCAAGACAAUUAGCAUAUUAGCAAUGGGACAAAUUGAAGGCGAUCUUCUUAGCGGUGUUUGCUAUGUUAGCUCUAGUAACCUUGACCCACUGAGAGGUUUUGUUUUGGCGCCACUGUUUAUAUACCUCUUUAUCGGGACGUCGUUCCUCCUGGCAGGAUUUGUAUCACUUUUCCGAAUUCGCACGAUUAUGAAACACGAUGGCACCAAGACGGAAAAGUUGGAGCGACUAAUGGUUCGGAUUGGCGUCUUCAGCGUUCUCUACACAGUUCCCGCUACUAUCGUAAUCGCUUGCUUCUUUUACGAGCAAGCUUUCCGGCCACAUUGGGAGAGAACAUGGUUAAGUCAGAACUGUAGGUCAUUGGCGAUUCUUUGCCCCAUGCACAGCGGACCACGUAUGACCCCAGAUUUCACAGUUUACAUGAUCAAAUAUCUGAUGACUCUCAUUGUGGGAAUUACGUCCGGUUUCUGGAUUUGGUCUGGGAAAACUUUGCACUCGUGGCAUAAGUUUUACUCAAGACUGACAAAUGGGAAAAACGGAGAAACCACUGUGUGAAAAAAAUACAUUGUUUCUUUUUGACGUUUUUAAAAGGACUUUUGAGGCCUCUAAGCUAUGUUUGACAUGACAGUGUAGCACGAAAUAGGCUGAAGAGUGGGAGAGACAUUCAGCAACUUGACAAGAACUGGAGAUUUAACCCACAACUCUUGAGAAUAAUCCCUGUGGUCGUUGGACACCAUUUUUAGCGACUUUUUAUCAUGUGAUCGUGGAUCUAAGAUGAGGAGGCUAGAGACGCAAAACAUAACUGGGACGAUUCAUGACUGAACCAAAUCUACAUCAAGACAUAAUGAGGUUGUAAAAUAUAAAACAGAAACAUUAAGACUGCAAUUUUGUUUAGUUUUUUUCAUCACAUUCAAGCGUGGAUAAGUAGGCGACAACAGUGAUUUGGAAUUGCUCACACAACAGUGCAGUUGAAGUUAUUGUAUAGAUCAUUAGGGAUGGUCUCAUAUGGAUUUUUUGAGCCGAUAUCCGAUAUUUGUUGAUAGCGAUAUGAAGCUUUUAAAAUCUACAGACCAAAUUUGUGGCAAGUUAUAGAGAUGUACAAAAACAAUAAGUUAAUUUGUAAACAGUUUAUUCAUUUGGGGUGUAAAUUCAUACUUUAACGAGUCUGCUUAAAAAGACAAAUCUGAUGCACUGAGAACAAGGAAUGAUACCUGGAGAAAAAUUUUCAGUGCCAAAUAGCUGCUUAAUUUCUCGAUAUCAGACCAGUACCAAUAUCUGGAGAAAUCCUCUGGUAUUAACCAUAUUACUGAUAACGAUAUACCAUCCCUACAGGUCAUACUUUGGCAAUAUUGUGUAGCCUCCUUCCACCUGUCCAAAGAUGUUUGCCAAAGAGAUAGGGACAAUGAUACCAAAGCCUUAUAAACAAAGACUGAACUCAAGCUUUUUCCCCAUGUGGCUAAAGUGAACUUGUAAAUACUUUUUGUACAAAUGUGAAAUUCUAUAUUUUGUAUUUAAAAAAACAAUAUUGUUCGCACUGUAAAAUAACGUAUUGUAUAACACUCAUGUUUGCCUUUGGUUAUACUUUGAUAACUCAAUACAAAACU